AUGAACACAUUUCUAAAAUUAAAUAUUCUCGUAAAUCUUAAUCAUCAACGUUGUUAUUUAUCAACAAGUCCAAUUCUUCAUAGUUGGUUUAUUAAAUUAACAAAUGUUACACAAGUUAAUACAGAAGCAGCAAUACCAAAACAUACACGAAAACGAAAUUAUCCAUUAACUUAUGAACAAAGACAAUUUCCAAAAUUAAUUGGACAUACAAAAACUUGGAAUACAUUUAAUACAUCAAAUUUACGUGAUGGUAAACGUAAAGCAGAAACAUUAAACAGUUAUUCUCAUAAUUAUCAUCUUGUCUCAUUCAUUGAUUCAUUUGCCAAAUAA